CGCAAGACACGUAUUUAAUCGCUGUCAUUUGCUUGCAUCUGGGGGCACACGUAAGCUGAGUCAAGAUGAAUCUUUUCCAAUUUUGCUCAUUGCCGUACUUUUUCAUAAUUAUUUUGGAAUUGAUUGAGGAAAUUGGAUCCGCCCCCAUUCCUGAGCUCAAACCUACUUACAACUUCUCGCCAUCUUUCCGCGGGCUAGAGCACAAUGUUGAAGAAGCCGAAGAACGGAAGUCAAACUUUCGAUCACAUCUGGAAUUUGAAGUACCGCAGAAGCACGGAAGGCUUGCAGAUGGCCGUAUGGGCGAGGCCAUUCCCGUACUUGAAGAGCGAAGACAAGCAACCAGCCCAAUGCCGAGUGAUUAUCCAGCACAGAGUACUCCCAUGUCCAUUGCAGAAACCUCAGGUGGACGGAGUUCAGACGCCUUGAGGUCGAGGAACGCAGACGUCCGUGUCAGCACCGAUCCGAUUGGGUGGCAUUCAAAAAUAAAAGGUCAUCCUUAUAUCCCGUGGUAUGAGGUCCGGAAAGCUGAAGAACUCGCAAGUCCCUUGAGCAAAACACGUUUUGCAGAUAAUGGACAACUUGAAACUGGCUCAACUAGCAGCCUCACUCUGGUCCAGGAUCCAGUUAAAUCAAGGACCGUUCGAAAAGUUGAUCAAAAUCGAUUUCCAAUCAAGGUGCCAGUGACAAAGGAAGCUUGGAUGACUCAACAAAUCCACUCCUUUUCGUCAGAUUACUCGAAGUUGAUGCAUUCGCUUUUUUGCCGAUUGCAUCCCGCGUCGAAUCACUUUCAAAUCGGAUCAAAAAAACGCAUUCCCGGUACACCAGUUUCGAUGUCCAGUAUCCUGAAAGUAGGCGACAGCGAGGUGAUGCUACGUCUCAACUGGAUUGUUGACAAAGAUGGACGUGAUUGUGCCGUUGAACAACUCAUUACCAGAUUUACGUCGUUGAUAAACUUCAUAACCUGUUAUCAUUCGGAACUUCUAAAAGCACUAGGAGCCAAGGCUGACCAAGUUAGAAUUCACAAUGAAGCCUUAAUGAAAUGGUUGUUGGCCGAAAUAUUCAACCCUCCCACUGGCGUUCCGAUCAUUGGAAGAAUCACCAGACAACAAAUAGUCAUACAAGAUUUAACAUUGCGGGCUCUGGAUGCAUGCUUGAGCAAAUAUUUCGCUCUACCUGAAGCUGAGCACAAUCCCAGCAAGUUUGCAUGUAUGGUAAUCAGCUUUUGGUAUCGUGUUCGAAAACGUUCGCAUUAUCAUAUUGAUACCAUGGAUUCAUUAUUGAAGGAGAUCCAAAUUCGUUCCUUGGUUACCAAUCCCUAAUAUUCUCUCCUACAUACACUGUUUCCCAAAAUUCCAUGAAAAUGCCUGCUUAAUGUUGAAAUACGGAAGAAUCUGUGUCCAAAAAUAUGUGCCACUUAUGCCAGC